AUGAAGGUCACCUUCAAGGAUCUCAAGCAACAAAAGUUUACACUCGACGUCGAGCCUUCUGAGCUGAUUUCUGCCGUUAAAGAAAAGAUCUCAGCUGAGAAAGGAUGGGAGCCCAAGUUGCAGAAGCUGAUCUACUCUGGCAAGAUUCUGAAGGAUGAAGAGACUGUUGGCUCCUACAACAUUGAGGAGAAGGGCUUUGUGGUCUGCAUGGUGAAUAAGCCUAAGCCCAAACCCGAACCCAAGGCGGCCGAAUCCAGUGCUCCUCCUGCCACACCCGCACAACCUGUUGCCAACACACCUGCGGCCCCUGCGGCACCUGCGCAAUCUUCAUCUCAUCAGGCUGCUGUCCCCGCGACACCUACUCCUCAGCGCUCUACGGAUGCUGGAACUGGUGCUCAAGCUGAGGAGCCUUCUGGCCUUGCUAUGGGAUCCCAACGCUCCGAGGCGAUCGCAAACAUGGAGGCCAUGGGCUUUGAAAGAAGCCAGAUCGAAGCGGCCAUGCGCGCUGCCUUCAACAACCCUGACCGUGCUGUCGAGUAUCUUCUUAAUGGCAUUCCCGACAAUAUCCGACAAGAGCAGCAGCAGCGCGAGGCUGCUCCUCAGGCUCUUGCUUCACAACCAGCUCAACCCGCUGCUUCCGCCCAAGGUGCCUCUGAUGAGGGUGGCGUGAAUUUGUUCGAUCUUGCUGCUCAACGUGGAGGUUCUGGUGGCCGAGGAGGAAGUGGAGGGCACCAGGCGGCGGCUGCCGCAGCGGCUGCAGCAGCAGCUGGACAAGGUGGCGAUUUGGGUAACCUCGACUUUCUGCGACACAAUGCUCAAUUCCAGCAACUCCGCCAGGUUGUUCAGCAACAACCGCAGAUGCUCGAGCCAAUUCUCCAGCAGCUCGGAGCGGGCAAUCCUCAAUUGGCCGAGUUGAUUGCUACAAAUCCAGACCAAUUUCUCCAGCUUCUCGGUGAAUAUGCUGAUGAUGACACCCCCCUACCCCCUGGGGCUCAGGCCAUUUCGGUGACAGAGGAGGAACGAGAUGCUAUCGAGAGGUUGUGCCGCCUAGGAUUCGAUAGAGAUCAGGCCAUACAGGCCUAUUUUGCCUGCGACAAGAACGAAGAACUGGCUGCUAACUUCCUCUUUGACCAACCGGAGGACGACGAGCCUGCCCCUAACAACAACAACUAA